AGACGAUCGGGAACAUAGUGAUUUUGGCGUCCAUUUGGAAUCAAGGCAUUAUUCCCAUUCAAGAUUAUUCUAGUAUUUCUAACAGAAGGCUUCUUCAAAAUGUUGAUAUGACAUUUCGACUUUUCUAACCAACAGAAAACUGUCAUUGAAUAGUCAAUCAAGCCAGAUACACAAUAUUUAAAAAACUAAACUAGACAAACAGGACCAAAGGAGCCAUUCAAACAGCAAGAUGAAGGGGACAAGAUUGAGUCUUACGAAGGGAUUGCCAACAUAUAACUCUUUGAGGACUGUGUACGGGCAACACCAAGUGAAUCAGUUGAAUAGGAGCGAAUCCCUCUCCGUUCCAGACGCCUCAAAGUGCCCAUUCACGCAAAGCGUUAGUCCUUCAGAAGAUCCCUUGAAGAGACCUACCAAAGCAUAUAGGGAAUCGUUGGAGAAGUACACGGGGUUGGAGAAUGCGAGACCAUAUGCACUGAUGCCCGGACCCAAAGGCUACCCCUUGAUAGGAUCAUUGCUGGAAUAUAUAAAGAAGGAUGGCUUGAAAUUCAAUAAGAUGUUUGAGGUGAUGCAGUCGAGGGCUAGGGAGUACGGUCCGAUAUACAAAGAACAUAUUGCCCAAAACACCUCUGUGGUCGUGACAGAUCCACUAGAGUACUCAAAGUUGAUGCGACACGAGGCCAAUGUAAAAUAUCCACACAGAAUCGAGAUGGAACCGUUGGCACACUACAGGAGGGUGAGGGGUCUCAGUCUAGGCCUCGUCAGUGCACAAGGAGAAGAGUGGUACAAAUACCGCAAGGUUGUGAACAAGAAGAUGUUGCGGCCAAAAGAGGUGAUGGAGUACAUCCCAGGAAUGGAUGAGGUCGCUACGGAGUUCAGCCAGAGAAUGAAGAAACUUCUAGAUUCUAAAGGAGAAGUUGAUAACUUGGAGAAUGAACUAUUCAAAUGGUCUUUAGAAUCAAUUGGUACGGUACUGUUUGAAGAAAGGAUCGGCUGCUUAAACGACCCACCUCCUCAGCUUGCGAAAGAUUUCAUCUCUAAUUUGAUGGGUUUCUUCAAGUAUCUUCAGCCACUCAUGUACAAUGUGCCGAUCUACAAGAUCUAUCCUGUAGAUAAAUGGAAGAAGUACACGGCGCACGCGGACAACGUAAUGGCCAUUGGACAACAGUUUGUUGACAAGAAAGCUGAAUCCCUGAUGCGCCGAGAAAAGGAUGGGACUGUGGCUCGCUAUGAACGUGAUGGAAGUGUACCGUUUCUCACCUAUAUGUUAUCGCAGACAUCAUUAACACUGGAGGAGGCAAAUUCAAACGUUAUUGACCUCAUGAGUGGAGCAGUAGAAACGACAUCCAAUGCUACAAUAUGGACGCUGUACUGCCUGGCAUUGAAUCCUGCGGUGCAAGAGAAGAUGCACCAGGAGACGAUCAAGGUUUUGCCCAACAAGGCCCCCAUCACUGGAAAAACACUUGCUCAACUCCCAUACGUCAAAGCAGUCCUUAAAGAAGUAUUUAGAAUCUACCCUAUUACAUAUUCGACAAGUAGAAUCAUACACGAAGAUAUAGAGAUGGGUGGAUACAGGAUUCCAGCAGGGUCACAUGUCCAGGCCAAUUUGUAUGGUAUGGGUCAUGAAUCUGCCUUAUUUCCGGAGCCUGAGGAAUUUCGUCCGGAACGUUGGUUACGAGGGAAUACAGAUCGUGAGUUACAGGCAUUUACAAACCUCCCCUUUGGACACGGAUCUCGCAUGUGUAUUGGUAGGCGCUUUGCAGAACAAGAAGUAUACAUAGCAGUAACUAAACUUAUCCAGGACUUCAGAGUGGAGUACCAUCAUGAGCCGAUAGAGCCAGUUCUGAACACAGUAAUGACUCCUGACAGGCCUGUUAAAUUAACAUUCAUUCCUCGGAACUAAUAGAACCAGUUCUUAACACAGGCAGGUUAAAUUAACAUUCAUUCCCAUGGAGCAGGACCAAUUCUUAACAAAGGUCUGUUAAAUUAACAUUCAUUCCUCGGAACAAAUAGAACCAGUUCUUAACACAGGCAUGUUAAAUUAACAUUCAUUCCUCGGGACUAAUAGGACCAGUUUUUAAUACAGGCAUGCUAAGUUAACAAUCAUUCCAAUGAACCAAGACCAGUAUUUAGCACAGGUCUGUUAAAUCAACAUUCAUCUGAACUGACUUAUAAGGUCAGUUCAUAAAACAGCCCUUAUAGAACUAACACUUCACCUCUAUGGACUUAUCAUAUCUGGGCAGACUAGAUGUUAUCACAGUUAUAUUGUUAUAUCACAGUUCUUGGUCUUCACUUCAAAAGUUCACUUAAAAGCAUCAGUAAAUGGUAAAUGUGGAAUACAUGUACCUUACAACUUUUAUACUUCCAGCAGAUUUUGUCCCCAUGAAUGAAAAUCCACCUCCUUGAUGUCUUGGCAAUAAAGGUGUAUCAAUGGAAGAUUUCUAGUCUCGAUUCCUUCAGUAAUUUUCUUGUUGAAUUCUGCAAGAAAAUAUAUCAUGUAUUAUAAAAUUCAUAAGUACAAAUGAGAUAAGGGGAAAGGCCGAAGUUUUAAAAUACCAAAACAAUUCUAAAAUGUUAUGUACAAUUACAGCCACUUGUGAUGAAAUGAGUCCCCAACAUCCCAAACAAUUAUCUUAUCACAUGCAAAAAAACAAUGAAUUGUUGAAAAAUAUGAAAUCACAAAAUGAAUGCAUAUAUGUAAUGUGUUAGUGGAGUAAGUUUGGUGUAACAUUUGUAAAAAUAAAAAAUAAUUUUUUUUUCAGAAC